UGGCAGAUCGGGCGUGACAAAUUUCGGGCAAUCACAGCACGAGCUGAAAGUAAUUUUGCUUAUUCUUUGUGUAUAAAAGCAGUCACGCCCUACCCCGUACCUUAUCAUCCGGCCCGUUUUUGUAGGCUUGGCCGAACUCACACGCCCAUAUAAUGACGAUGCCUUAAUUUAAAGGGCCUUUUAGUUCUCAUAGAGCGCAAAGAGUAAAAAAAAAAAAAAAAAGAAAAGAAAAGAUUUCUCAUAAAAAAUUUCACUUGAGGAAAAUGUGCAUUCGAUUGAAAAAAUUCUAUUGCAUUAGCAUAGAAUGGGCGAGUUACAUUGCAAUUUCCAUAUCUAUGAUCUACGGAUUAGGUAAAAGUGGCGGUUAUUUUUAUCUGUUGGCAUUUUACAAAGGAACCGAGGAACUCGAAAAAGUGUCCAAAAUAAUCCCUGUGGUCAGAGCCGUUCUCAUUAGUGAGUUGUUGCUAUUUUUAGCUUUCGUCUUCGCCACCAUCCUGAUGUUCUUCGGAAUAAAAUUUAAAAAUCUAGAAUUUAUGAAACCUUGGUUGAUAUUUACAACGUUCCUCAUUUUAGGGGAUUAUAUUCAUGCAGUUUAUCUUCUGGCGGAAGGUUACGUUCUCUUUGGAGUAAUCAGCCUGAUCGAACCAAUUAUUGGCAUCUUUGUGUUCGUCAUUAUCUACUCCCAAUACAAAAACGUGGAAGAAUUCGUCCUCUCCUCCCAAAUAUCCGCACCAGCGGAAGCUGUUGUCAUUUCCGAGCUUCCCACUUCGUCCUGAUCUGGAAAAUUUUACGUUCGAAUAUAUUGAAAAUGAAUUCAAAAUUUUACUCCUAUUGAAAAGAAUAAAGAAAUAAUUAUUGAA